AUUACGUAAUAUUUUAUCCGAAAUACCCCUAUUCCAGAUGUAUUACCGGAAGUACCCCUGUACGAAUACUAGAGAAAAAUCAAUCCGACCCCACGUUCCAUAAGUACCUGCCGCUUCACGUUAUACGUUUCUCCCUCUCUAUGGUUUUGUCCCCUUUUCAGAAAAUAUUGAAAAUGCAAUAAACCCUCCCCCCCUACUUCUCUCUCUAUCUGACUGCCGCGUCGAUUGGCUUUCAUUUCGAACCCUAGAAAUCUACAGGGGACUUACAUAAAUAAGACUUAAGUUGUGAUUGGAAUGGAGGAACAACAGGGGGAAGUAGAAGAUGUGGAAACCACUUCUAGUGAUUCAUUUGUUGAUGAUUCAGGUGAUGGUGAACCAUCCACAUCUGAACAUGAUGAUGGAGCUCAUCUCGAGACACCUUUGACUGAUGAAGAAGUAGAAGAACUCCUUGCUGAGUUCUUGGAAGUUGAGAGUAAGGCAGCCGAGGCGCAAGAAUCACUUGAGAAGGAGUCACUUGAUCGUGUGGAGAGUGAGGUCCGAGCAGAAUUGGCACAGACCAUUAGUGGGGAUGAUUUGGACAUGGCAGUUAAGACUGAAAUGAGAAUUUUCGUGGAAGAGUGGGAAAAUGUUCUGGAUGGAUUGGAGACAGAGAGUGCCAACUUGUUGGAACAACUUGAUGGGGCUGGUAUUGAACUCCCAAGCCUUUAUAAAUGGAUUGAGAGUCAGGCUCCCAAUGGUUGCAGCACUGAGGCAUGGAUGAAAAGGACUCACUGGGUGGGAUCUCAAGUAACAACUGACAUUACUAACUCAAUUUUAGAUGCAGAAAAAUUUCUUCAAUCCCAUCGGCCUGUCAGGAGACAACAUGGUAGGCUUUUGGAAGAAGGUGCAAGUGGAUUUCUGGGAAGAAAGCUUGCAAGUGAAGACAAUAAAGAAAUUGUAAGAGAAAAUUCAGAAGCUGAUUGGUCUGUGUUCAACAAAAUCAUUCAAUCUCAGCGUGUUGAUGGUACUUCAUUUGGUAGCAAGCAUUGGGCAUCUGUUUACUUAGCUAGUACACCACAACAAGCAGCAAAUUUGGGGCUCAAGUUGCCAGGAGUUGAUGAGGUGGAGGAGAUCGAUGACAUUGAUGGCAACUGUAGUGAUCCUUUUUAUGCAGAUGCUAUAGCUAACGAGCGUGAACUUGAUCUUUCCGAAGAACAAAAGAAAAACUUCAAGAAGGUCAAGGAGGAAGAUGAUGCAAUAAUUACACAAAAACUUCAACUUCAUUUGAAAAGGAGGAGACACAGGAAAAGGUGUAAACAGGAGGUAAUUCAGAAAGAGGUUUGCUCGGUUGAUCAGAUGCAUGAAAGCAAUGCUAUCAGCUCAAAACCUUCAAAUGGAUAUUCUCACUUAGAUUCAGGUGAUGUUGCAUGUGGGGUUGGUGAAGGAGUUUCACGGGCUAACAAUAGUGAAGCUUUUCAUCCUUCGGGGUUCGAAGUACUCGACAAACUUGAAAUUUCUAUGGAGCUUGAGAAAGAAAGGCCAAUGGAGAGUGGUACUUCUUCAGUGCUUGUUGAAUCUUCUUCAGCUGAUUUAGCUGAACCCAGAGGAUCCAAGCGUGCACGUGAUGGAGAGGAUCCAGACAAUGAGAACAAAAAGACUCGUACUGUUAUUAUUGACAGUGAUGAUGAGGGUGGUGUGGUGGAUGAUAUAUCUGCUUCUCAUGUUUGUAAUGGACAAAACUUGGAUACAGAAUCCAAGUUGCUGUCUACAGAAGAAGUUGAUAUUGUUGAUUCCAAGUCUCUUCCUCUUCAGAGUCAAAAUGUGAUGGAAGAAUCUGACAAUUUUCAUUGCACUGUAUGCACUAAAGUUGUCAAACCUGAUGAAGUGCGCCGCCAUCCGCUCUUGAAAGUCAUUGUAUGUGAAAAUUGCAAGUGUUCAUUGGAAGAGAAGAUGGAUGAAAAGGAUCCUGAUUGCUCUGAGUGCUACUGUGGAUGGUGUGGAAAGAGCAAAGAUCUAAUCAGUUGCAAGUCUUGUAAAAUGUUGUUCUGUGCUGCAUGCAUAAAGAGGAAUUUUGGUGAAGAAUCUUUGCCGGAGCUUCAAGUCUCUGGCUGGAAAUGUUGUUGCUGUUGUCCGGAUCCCUUGGAACGGUUGACUGUAGAAUAUGAAAAAGCCAUUGGUGAUGGAAGUCGCACAGUUUCAAGCUCUGGCACAGACAGUGAUUCAGAGAUUUCAGAUACUGGUUUUACUGUUUCAGUAAGUACUAAAAGACGCAGGAAAAAGAAGAUAAGGAGGAUUCUUGAAGAUACUGAACUUGGAGAGGAAACCAAAAGAAAAAUUGCAAUUGAAAAGGAACGCCAAGAACAUCUCAAGUCACUAAAAGUACAGUUUACUACUAAAUCAUGGAUGAUGAAUACCGGAACCGUUAAUGGCUAUGCAUCAGAAGGUGGUAGUGUUGAAGUUCUGGGUGAUGCAACAAGUGGUUAUAUAGUGAACGUUGUAAGGGAGAAAGAUGAGGAAGCAGUGAGGAUUCCUCCCAGUAUCUCAUCGAAAUUGAAACCCCAUCAGACUGCAGGGAUUCGGUUUAUGUGGGAAAAUAUCAUACAGUCUGUUAGAAAGGUGAAGUCCGGGGAUAAAGGUCUUGGCUGUAUCUUAGCUCAUAUGAUGGGCCUUGGUAAAACAUUUCAGGUCAUAGCUUUUCUGUACACUGCUAUGAGAGCUGUUGAUUUAGGGUUUAAAACUGCACUUAUUGUUACACCUGUAAAUGUGUUGCACAAUUGGCGACAAGAAUUUGUAAAGUGGAGACCUGUGGAGUUAAAGCCACUUCGUGUCUUUAUGCUGGAAGACGUUUCAAGGGAUAGAAGGUUGGAUUUGCUCACAAAGUGGAGAACCAAGGGUGGUGUUUUCUUGAUUGGCUACACUGCUUUUAGAAACUUGUCCCUUGGAAAGCAUGUGAAGGACAGGCAUGUGGCUAGAGAAAUUUGUUAUGCCCUACAGGAUGGACCUGAUAUACUUGUUUGUGAUGAGGCCCAUAUGAUCAAGAAUACUAGAGCUGAUAUUACCCAAGCGUUGAAGCAAGUGAAGUGCCAGAGGAGGAUUGCAUUAACAGGAUCACCUCUACAAAAUAAUUUAAUGGAAUAUUAUUGUAUGGUUGAUUUUGUAAGAGAAGGAUUUCUUGGUAGCAGCCCUGAGUUUAGGAACCGGUUCCAGAAUCCAAUAGAGAAUGGUCAACAUACUAAUUCUACCACUGAUGAUGUUAAGAUUAUGAACCAGAGGUCACAUAUUCUUUAUGAACAGUUAAAAGGAUUUGUCCAACGGAUGGACAUGAAUGUGGUAAAGAAGGACUUACCCCCUAAAACUGUGUUUGUAAUUGCUGUGAAGCUGUCACCGUUACAGAGGAAGUUAUAUAAAAGAUUUCUAGAUGUGCAUGGGUUCACAAAUGACAAGGUUUCUAGUGAAAAAAUAAGGACAAGAUGUUUUUUUACUGGGUAUCAGGCACUGGCUCAGAUAUGGAACCAUCCUGGGCUUUUACAGAUGACAAAAGAACAGAAAGACUACUUAAGGCGUGAAGAUGCUGUUGAGAAUUUUCUUGUUGAUGACAGCUCCAGUGAUGAUAACAUUGACCGUGAAAUGCAAGUUGGAGAGAAGCAGAGGAUCAAGACUGACUGUGCACCUCGAAAAAGUGAUAAUGGUUUUAUUCAUGAGGAUUGGUGGAAGAACCUUCUUCAUGAGAAGAACUACAGAGAGGUUGAUUACAGCGGAAAAAUGGUUCUUCUACUUGAUAUUUUAUCAAUGAGUUCUGCAGAAGGUGAUAAGGCAUUGGUUUUUAGCCAGAGCUUGACAACUCUAGACCUCAUUGAGCGCUACCUGUCAAAAUUACCACGGAAUGGCAGAGAAGGAAAAUACUGGAAACAAGGAAAAGACUGGUAUAGGCUAGAUGGGAGUACCGAAGGCUCUGAAAGGCAAAAGCUGGUAGAGAGGUUCAAUGAGCCCUCGAAUAAGAGGGUGAAAUGCACUUUGAUAUCAACCCGAGCUGGAUCCCUGGGCAUUAAUCUUCAUGCCGCUAAUCGUGUGGUCAUAGUUGAUGGCUCAUGGAAUCCAACUUAUGAUCUUCAGGCUAUUUACCGAGUUUGGAGGUAUGGCCAGAAGAAACCAGUUUAUGCUUACCGGUUGAUGGCACAUGGAACAAUGGAAGAAAAGAUAUAUAAGCGCCAGGUGACUAAGGAAGGUCUUGCUGCAAGGGUUGUUGAUAGACAACAAAUACAUAGAACCAUGUCUAAAGAGGAGGUGUUGCACCUCUUUGAUUUUGGUGAUGAUGAAAAUCCAGAUUCAGUUCCAGAUCAGGAACAAAAGAGUAUACAUUCUAACCAAGAAGUUGGAAUUGGGAGCAUACUGAAGCAGAAAUUGCCCAAUGAGAGUUGCUCCUCUGACAAGUUGAUGGAAAGCUUACUUAGCAGGCACUAUCCACGGUGGAUUGCAAAUUAUCAUGAACAUGAAACACUUCUGCAAGAAAAUGAGGAUGAAAAGCUAUCCAAGGAGGAGCAGGACAUGGCAUGGGAAGUAUUCCGGAGAACUCUAGAGUGGGAGGAAAUCCAAAGACAUUCUGUGGAUGAGUCGUCAUUUGAACGGAAGCUAACUGUUGCUAGUACCUGCCCGCCUGCAGCAGAGGGCAUUUCACAGAGAGUUCCCAUGGAUGAGUCAUCAUUUGAUCAGAAGCCAACUGUUAGCAGCGUCUGCUCACAUGCACCAGAGAGCACGGACUUUCAAACCAGGGGUAUUUCAAGGAACCGCUUGUUACAGCGAAAAUGCACCAACCUUUCACAUUUGCUAACCCUUAGGAGCCAGGGAACUAAAGCCGGUUGCACAACUGUGUGUGGGGAAUGCGCACAGGAGAUCAGCUGGGAGAACCUCAGCAGGGAUGGUAAAUCAGCAAGAUGAGGAAGUAUUCCCCGGCUCCGGCCCGUUCAUGUGUUGUAUGUAAUGUACUGUCAUUGUAAAUUCCAACUUUGCUAUUUGAUUUGAAUAGUCUCAUUUUACAAAUGGUAAAAGCAGUUAAAGGUAGGUUCUUCCACCUGCCAAUAUCUUUAAUCACAAUCCAAAUCUGUUCUUCCGUACAAAUUUCUUGAUGUUGGCAACCAGAAAGAAAGAAAGAAAAAAAAAAAAAAAGGCCAAUUGGCACC